AUGGAGGAAAUGAAGAAAUCCGCGUCAUCAUCAUCAUCUAGCGCUUCCGGUGAUAACACCACGACAAUUAUUGUUUUGGGAAUGGCGGGAUCUGGCAAGAGUGCUUUUGUCCAGCGUGUAGCAGCGCGAUUACGUCAACAAAAUAUUGCACCAUAUUUGGUGAAUCUGGAUCCGGCUGUUGCGACAGUUCCAUAUGCUGCAAACAUUGAUAUUCGGGAUACAGUGAAAUACAAGCAAGUGAUGGAAGAAUAUCACUUAGGUCCAAAUGGUGCCAUAUUAACUUGCCUAAAUCUUAUAUGCACUAAAUUUAAUCAGAUAGUUGAUUUCAUAAAAUCUCGAUCAGGACAAUGUCCUUAUUGCUUGUUGGAUACUCCUGGUCAGAUCGAAGCUUUCACGUGGUCGGCUUCCGGAUCGAUUAUUACCGACUCGUUAGCUUCUUCAUUUCCGACAAUGAUAGCAUUUAUCAUUGAUUCUGUACGCGUUGCAAAUUCAACAACGUUCAUGUCAAACAUGCUUUAUGCAUGCUCAAUUCUGUAUCGUACAAAGCUACCAUUCAUCGUCGUUUUCAAUAAGGCAGAUAUAAUAAAGCCAAUAUUUGCAACCAAGUGGAUGAAUGAUUUCGAAAGUUUUCAAGAAGCGUUGGAUCAAAAUUCCACUUCAUAUAUGAACGAUUUAACCAGAUCUUUAAGUCUUGUACUUGAUCAGUUCUACCAAAAUCUGGCUACUGUCUCAGUUUCUUCGUUAACUGGUGAAGGAAUUGAUGACUUUUUGAAGUUAGCGCAAAACUGUAUCAAGCAAUAUUUCGAAAUCUAUCGUCCAAUGUAUGACCAGUUAUUAAAAGAAAAGGCUGAUUCAUUAGCGAAGGAAACAGCAGAAAGUUUAGAAAAGUUGCGCACCAUGGAAAAAAAAGUCGAGUUAGCACCUGUUUUGGAAACAGCCCCAAAAAUUAAGAAAAUACAUUUAGGAGGGGUGGAUCAAGAAAAUUCAGAAGAUGCUAUGUUACCGCGAUAA